AUGGCUAACCAAUCAAGUAUUACUAUUGUAUCAGUUGGUGUAAUAUCAUUUGUAACAGGAUAUUAUUUACAUCAAUUUUUAGCUCCUUCAAAGACCAAAAAUCUCAAACCAAGAAAUGUCCAUAUCCCACUCCCAUCAACUUCAUCAUCAUCUGAAAUGACAGAUAAUACAACUGAUUCUGAAUAUGACGACGACGACGAGGAGGAGGAAGAUGAUGGAUUAGAUAUCAAUUCUACAAGUUUGAAUGAAAUUCCAGGAGAAGUUAGAAUGACACUUAUAGUUAGACAAGAUUUAAAAAUGGGUAAAGGUAAAGCAGCAGCUCAAUGUUCUCAUGCAGCAUUAGCAUUAUAUAAAAAAAUAACUAAUGCCAAUUUAGAAUCUUAUAAUCCUGAAAUGGUUAGACGUUGGGAAUAUGGUAAUGGAACUGCUAAAAUUACCUUACAAGUUCCAAAUCAAGAAGAAAUGGAUUUAUUAUAUGCUAAAGCUAUAAGUUUAGGUAUAAAUUCUUAUAUUGUUCAUGAUGCUGGAAGAACUCAAAUAGCUGCUGGAAGUGCAACUGUUUUAGGUUUAGGUCCUGCACCAAAACGUAUUCUUGACGAAGUUACUGGUGAUUUGAAAUUAUACUAA